GAUACUCCCCAUUCAUCCAAGUCCUGGACUAAAAGUGCUUCGAUCCUGCAAACGUAAAGGACCAUUUCUGUUCAUGGUUACAUUAUAAGGACCAAAAUACAACCUAUUCAUAUACCUAAAUGGACUAAUUAGCACCUAUAUGCUUUGCUUUUUCUCAAAGAGAGCGCGCGAACCAGAAAGCAAGCUGAGUUUCUCAUUUUUGGGGUUUAGGGUUUUUGCAAUUUUCCUUCUGAUCUUCCCAUCAGAUGGGGGCACCAAAUAGUCCUGUCUCUUGUCACUCUCCUCGCAGCUCCAUCUCCUCUUCUUCCUUCAUUAGAGAAGUUCACUUAUACGAUUGGUGGUUGAUUAAAGCCGAAGAUGGUGCUGGAGGCAAGCAAUUGGGUGUUCAAGGUUUCGCUUGUAAACAGAGACCAGAUGAUAGACUUUUCACCUCCGCAGCAAUUGCGAUGAGGCAUGAUACUGUCACUUUAGUGACAGUGGAUGGCAUCUCCAUUCUUGUUAGCGGUUUAAUAAAUAGGGUUCGGACUCUUCAAAAUGGGUUCUCAUCAGAGGUUUGCAACCAGUUCCUUAUUGGAUUUCCGUACAACUGGAAAGAAUCGGCUGCUCUAUCAUUUGAGGAAUCAACCAAUGAGGAUGCAGCCUUUGGAAAUCCUGGUUUCUCAGAUUCAAAAGCAUCAGCUGAUCGCACAAGUAGCUCCUUCUCUAUGCCUAUUGAUCAUCUUCCCACCACUGUUUUACGAGAUAUCUUAAUAUCGAGUGCUGGUAAUCCAGAAGGCGGGAUGCUAAGAAAGAGUAUUUUUCGUGAAAUAGUGCAGAAAUAUGGUACCAAUGCUUUUAACAUUGGUGAAGCUUCUUGUUUGAACGAAAAAAGUGGUAAUCUGGUCACAACCGAAGAUCCUUCUUUGAAUGAAAAUCCUAGUCAAAAGAAGAAAGCUAAAACUAAUCGGAAGCAAGAGGAUAGCUGUACACCAGAUGCAAAAUAUGGAAAAGAAGACUUUCGGCAAGCUACUCUGGAGGAUAUACCAGAAAAGAGUGUUUUGAGUAGAAUACUACAUAAAAGUGGUGACAAUGCUUCUAUCCUUGGUGAAAAUUCUUGUUUGAACCAAAAAAGUGGUACUCAUGUCAUAAGCAGAGGUCUUUCACUGGAUGAAACUCCUUGUCAAAAGAAGAAAGCUGCAGCUAGUUUGAAGAAUGAAGAUGAUAACCAUGUGCCCGAUGCACAAAGUAGAAAAGAAGUGCUUCAGAAAUGUAAUGAUGAGAGUGGAGCUGGCAUUGAUAACAAUAGCUUAAGUAGCAGCCCUUUCACAAGAAGUAAAGCUAGCGUAUAUAAGAAAACCACAGUUAACCAGAAGGAAGAAGAAAAGAGAGAUGUGCAUAAAGUAGAAUCUGGACAAGGAGAUUUUGGGAUACUUAACCAUGCCACUAGCUCGAGUGAUGGUCCAUUGACAAGAAGUAGAGCUCAAAAACAAGUUUAAUAAACAAGUUCAAGAAGGAAAUAGAUAUUUGUGAAAGGUGUUAUCGGAGUUUCGUUGUGCAGAUUAACUACCUCUGUAUAGUAAUGGAAGUUCCAUAAAUCAGAGUGUUUAUGGAUUUGUCACCAUGUUAUUGUAGUCCAUAAGGGAGAUUGGGAACCAUUCUUGUUCAAAUUUUGAAGGUUAUGUUUUGUUAUGGAUUGCAUAACACCUCCUUGUCUCUUCUUCUAAAUGUCAAUCUAGCAUUUCAAUUUUU